UGCCACCGUUCUUCGAUUAUCUCCAAGCCAGUUCACGCGGUACGCAAUGUUUCGUGGGCUGCAAAACGUGGAGAGUGCAUAGGGUUACUGGGUGUGAACGGGGCGGGAAAGACUAGCACGUUUCGAGUCCUUAGUGGUCAGCAAAGGGCGGAUCGUGGAGUCGUCGUUUUGGAGCAAAACCUGCUGACCCCUGGAGCUAGUAUGUUUACUCGAGUCGGUUACUGUCCCCAGUACGAUGCAUUGUACAUGGAUUUGACACCAAGAGAACACUUGGAAAUAUUGGCCGGUUUCCACGGUUACACCAGUUCUUCCCUUAGCCAGGUGGCUAAGUACUUGAUGGAAGUCCUUGAUCUUUCACUUUACGCCAACACCAAGACAGCUGCUUUGAGUGGAGGAACCAAGGUACCUUAUCUGCUGCUGAAUUUAUUGACCAGGACAAAAUAA